GAGAGAGAAUUUAAAAAAGAGAAGAGAAGAUUGAUUAUUUAGGGCAUGUGUGUGUGUGUGAGAGAGAGAUAGAGAGAGAAAGAGAGGUAUUGUUAUAUAACCCUACCACUUGUCUCUUUGAUCACCCUUUCCUUUUCCCUUUCUUCCUUCCUUCCUCGGGAUCUGAUCGACAACAACUGGACAAGAACUUUCCUUACCAGUUGGGGUUCUUUCACUUCAAUUCCCGAGGAUCUCCUUUAAAACACUGAUCUCUUAUUUGUUUGUUUCUUUCGUUUGGUCUGGUUUGGUUUUCAUUGACACAUUCUUCAUUCUUCAAUCAAUCGUAUGUGAGCUAAGAGUGUCAAAAAUCUACUAGCUGUCUUGUCUUGAAUAUCAUUGGUUUGAAUACGAGGCUUCCUUCUACCGGAUCUGAGAAAGAAGUGAUAAAAGUGGCACAGUGUUCAUGUUCUCUAGCUAGCUGGAGGAUUAAUUAAUUAUCAAGAUUAAGUUCAAGUCAUUGGAAGAAUAUGAAUACAUUUUCUCAUGUUCCACCGGGUUUCAGGUUCCAUCCCACCGACGAAGAACUUGUUGAUUACUACCUAAGAAAGAAAAUUGCUUCAAAACGUAUCGAUUUGGAUGUGAUCAAAGAAGUUGAUCUCUAUAAGAUUGAGCCUUGGGAUCUUCAAGAGCUAUGCAGAAUUGGGAGCGAAGAGCAGAGUGAUUGGUAUUUCUUUAGCCAUAAAGACAAGAAGUAUCCAACUGGGACUCGGACUAAUAGAGCAACAAAAGCUGGGUUUUGGAAAGCAACAGGAAGAGACAAGGCUAUUUAUACUCGACACAGCUUGAUUGGCAUGAGAAAAACCCUAGUUUUCUACAAGGGACGAGCUCCAAAUGGUCAGAAAUCUGAUUGGAUCAUGCAUGAAUAUCGGCUCGAAACCAAUGAAAAUGGAACACCUCAGGAAGAAGGAUGGGCUGUGUGCAGGGUGUUCAAGAAGAGAAUGACAACAGUUAGAAAAAUGAGUGAAUAUGACUCCCCUUGUUGGUACGAUGAUCAGCUCUCAUUCAUGCCCACCGACGGCGAGUCUCCGCGUCGAAUUUCUCAGCUCUACACCUCUCCAUACAAUCCUCAUCCCUAUCCAGGCUGCAAGCAAGAACUUGACCAUCAAUUGCAUCAUCAUCAUCCCCAUCAGCACUACAACAUCCCACCUCAACAUCACCAUGACCCUUUCCUUCAGCUCCCUCAGCUAGAAAGCCCCAAAUUACCACAAUCAGCUGCAAGUGUUAGUGUCCCAUAUGGAAAUUCAACACUCACAAGUACUCAAGAUGAUCAGCAAUUGCAACAAAAUCUGAGCUCAAUUUACAGCAACAACAACAACAACAAUGGCGAUCAAGCUGUGGAUCAAGUCACUGAUUGGCGCGUCCUCGACAAAUUCGUUGCGUCACAGUUUAAUCAUGGAGAUCAUUCUGCCAAGGAAACCAAUUACAGUAAUUCAACAAAUUUGUUCAAUGUGGUUGAUGAUGAUCAACAGAUGGAGUUGCUGGCUAAUGAUCAUGAUCAAUCAAAGAGACAAGAAGUUGUCGAACAGGAGUACGCGAUGACAUCCACGUCGAGUUGCCAAAUUGAUCUUUGGAAGUGAAAGUUUAUAUAUGAUAUGAAAUAUUAUUGAUGAAGACUUGAUGAUGCAGAGGUUUCUGUAUAUAAUAAGACUGAAAAAAUAUAUGGUAUUUGUCUUAUGACUAUAUAAGGGGUUAUAUAGUUAUAUAUAUGUAUUAUAUGGUGUCCUGUCUAUUGACUAAUACUAGGAUAACCAUGUUAGAUAUCGAAGACAGUGGACUUCUAUGGCCGAUUGAGCAAUAUUGUUAGUCUCGGCUUAAUAUUAAAUAUAUACAUAUAUAUACUAAUAUGUUGAAUGUAGCUUGCCAUGAAGGCUUUCUAUAAAUUCGUAACUUCUUUUUUGUUUUACAUUUGAAAGUUUUAGAUUCUAUGAAUCUAUGUACUUAUUGUGGCUUCAGAAUAUAUAUCUGGCCAAAAGGUUUUUUUUU